AAUGACAAGAAGCGCAUGUUAGCGACUAUUCAUCACGAUAAUUGGACCGCUCGAUGCCACCGCACAUACCCAAGUUAUGCGACAAAUUAGUGCCAUACCAAAGUCCGUAAUAUAAACCGAGAGGUUGAGCGGUGCAGUCAAGCACAAAUAAGAUCCAGAAAAACGCAAUGGACUUCUUCCGGUCUCGCAGUGAGUAUGGGAGGGGAGGAGGCUCUGAUGCGUGCGUCGUUGUGGAAGCCGGUGCAGCGGACUCUGGAACACCAGACUCUGGGAUAGCGGGCUCUGGGGCAGCGGUGGCUGUGGCGGCGCGCGCUUCUUCGUCCAUCGAUAAAGAGAUAACGGAUCGAUUUGAGUCAGCUGUAGGUUUGUUGCUAUUCGGACUGUUCAGACAUUCGGCGAUCGAGGGAAAAGUGGAAGAAAACAAAGGUCGGCGAAAAAGCGGAACAGGGUUUUUUUAUGAUUUUGGUCCGAAAAUAAGUUUCAAGAAAAGAAAAUAUGCCUCGUUAGCAAACGGAAAUAGACGGGACGAAAACAUCAAAGGGUCCCUCGACCUGCUGACGCUGUGUUUUUCUAACCAUUGCAAAAUGCAUAGCCUAGGCCUGGUCAGGAAUUGUAAAUUCUGACGUAACGUUCGCUGAUGUCAGUGCCGAGAAUUCGCCACAAACAGAUUCCCAUUCUUCUUCUUCCUUCACUGGACUUCGUCCUUGAUCAGCUAUGAUCUUCAAUCGAACUGUCAGCGCCAUGCAUAUCUUCUCGAAUUACCCAUGCCCACUGCAGCAGUGCUCUCUCAGUCGGCCAAGCAGACGAUGAGGAUGUUGUGAUUUCAGCCCAGGACGGCCAAGUUUUCCGCCAAGACUUUCCCUCGGCGUCGGACGCUUUACCAUGCCGCUGAUGUCCGGAGGCACUGGUCCGAAGCCAAAGGAGAUAACCAUGGGGCGUGGUAUCAGACGACAUUGGGUGGUAAAGGCCAUCAUUGGUGCUGGAUUCAGCUCCACGGGACACCUGUCCGGCUUAUCUCCGGUCAAACUGCACAAAGGAUCUUUCUGAAUGUUGGUCUGGUUGCUUGCAGGACAUUCAAAAUUGUCGAGAAGCGCCUCUAGAAUUCAUUAGGGAGAAUUAUACAAUGAGUACGCAUUGUUUUGACAGCUGUUAGUAUAUCAUGGUAUGGAGACCCUGAACGUCAGCAUUAUACUAGACUCUGGGGUAGCCAUACUCCACGACCCUGCCUCUCGGAUACAUGGAAUGAUACAAAAGUCGGGGUCGACUGCAGGCGGGAAAAUGCCUCAGGAUUUCCAAUAUUCUUGUCUCCGAUUGAGAGAGCCCUUCACUGUCGUUCAUCGCAGGAAGAGUGGGAUCAAAUGCUUUACGGUCUGGAACUUGAAACCAUCAUAGCCUCUUGCUUAGCUCUAGCUACAAUAGUACUAUUUGUACUAUUAAGCGAAGAAACUGACACAGCGAUACUAGAGGAAUGCCUGGGAUACUAUCUUUAUGCCUGAGGCACAAGUAGUCUGUAGUCACGUGAUAUUCUGUCAUCGUUCAACUUUUUUUUGCCCAUGACGCCGGUUCGAACCCGCCUCUCGCUCUUUGACAUCAGACUACGCCUUUUUUCCAUUCACUUUCUAUUAUACCUCUAACAUGACUUAAUUGGACAGCAAAAUUAGCUCAUCCUUAUUCCAGUAAAAGUAUGGAUACACCAUGGCCCCGAGCCUCCGCGAUCUGAUAGAUUUCCUCCUCGCAGAGAUUGCGCUUUGCGGCAGUCAAGGCGCCUCUCCUGCAAAUGUGUUGUCCUUCAUUGAUAUUUUCUAUUCGAGAUCUGCACGUGACGAGUCUAGUCGCAGUCAUGUUGUUGACAGACGGUUUCAGGAAAAAGUAUGGCAGUGGCUGAUGGGGCAUCCUGAAGUCUCCGUGGGAAAGGACCGAGAAGGAAACCAUCUGACCCUUGAGGAAACCGAGAACCUCUACCUAAAUACCACGGCCGCAGCAAAUACUGCCAUGGAAUCUCAAACACUCGAAACCGGCGGUGGUAGUCCCGUUCGUGUGUUUGUAUCUGAAGAGCGAACUUGGCUCGCAAUUACUGGACAUGGACGCGACGACACCAAGGUCCUUCCCAUGGAAUUUGCCCUCCUCUCUAUCAUUGCUUCGCGAGGGUCAAGCGGAAUCACUCAGCCGGAAUUGAUCAAGCUCAGCGGACAGGACAAACGAUCUGUCCCCAAGCGUACCGAUGUUCUGCACCAAAAAGGAUAUAUUGCGAAGAGAGCUAUCCAAAUAAAAGCUGCUCGUACCAGCUUGUGCACCUUGCGCAGGUUUCUAGACCCAGAGUAUCUUGCAGUCGGGAAACCCGCCAAUGAAGCCGGAGCAGAUGCUGUCAAGAUGAUCGAUUUCGGGGCUUUUACCGACAAACUCUUUGGAAUUCUGCGAGAGCAUAAGAUCAUCUCUCGCACCGAUCUCAAGGAAUCGCUAGGGUUUGCUGAUCACUGGCGAUGGAAAGUACUGUCCCGUGCUCUCCGGAAGUUUGAGCGUAUAGGUGUCGUCAAACGUGUUCGGGCUCUCUCGCAAUAUGCUAAUACCAUGAGAAAAUACCACCCUUGUGUCAUGCUUGUCCGAGACCCGACCGAAAAAGACAUCGCGAUGUUUCAUGAUUUCAGCAUCCAUAUGUACUCGGACAUUGAACAAAGUGGAGAUGUGGAAUUUGACGACGACGCAGAGGCCGACGACUCUACUAGGGAACCUUCCUCCAGUCGAAACUUCGGGGAGGUUAAAGCCGAGCAAGAUGUUGAAAUGUCUGGUCGCAUCAUUCCCAGUUGGACUCCUGAUCGAUGUAUCCAUAAUCAGCUCUUCGAUGCGAUCGAUCGCACAGGAACAGCUGGAUGCACAAACUCCGACGUUAUAAGAGCGUGUCUUGGAGUGUUCUACCGUCGGCCUUUGGAAAAUACAAUGGCUCGUCUGGUGGAAUGUUGGCAGGUAUCACAACCGCCGCAUCUCCGUCAUCUAGCCAUCGUACGCGAUACGACCAUUAAUCGCACUAUUACGCAUUAUAUCCACUACUCCUCCAGGAAUUUUAGUAAGCUGGUGGACGCCGGAGAAUCAUCCUGGGAGGCUGUCGAAUUUGUUGCGCGCAACGCCAAAACAAGCACCAUUGCUGUGCCACCCAUUGAUGAACAACCGAAGCUAGAUGCCUACGGAUUACCCUUGGAUUUGCCUAAAAGUGACCUGCUGAACAGUGGCGAUUGUUCCUUGAUGGAUUGCGUCUUAGUGGCCAGGCCUCAGAAUUAUCUUAUGUCGAGUAGUGAUCCAAGAGCUGUGGAGUUGGAGGAUGGCACUUACUCAAUCCAUUAUGGAGUCAGGAGCUCUCACAAUCAAGCCGCCCAGCUUCGAACCCCAACUGGCAGACGGGCGACUCCAGAUACACCCGCGUGGGUGAAAGCUGAGGGCGCCAAACUUGGAGUAACGGAUGCACCAACGCAUAGACCUAUAAAGAGAUCAAAACGGGAUACCUUGGACUUGACUGGGUUGUCCGAAAUAGAGAAACUCAAGGCCAUGGGUUUUGACGAAACUUGGACAGAGUACAGCGUUCAUUUAAUCGACCGCAACGGCCCUGGAGUCUAUGUCACUGCAAAAGGACGACGGAGAGCAGCUGGUCGACGGCAAGGGCGGCCACGUAUCAGUCGAGUUGCAGUAUUUAAGUCUUCAAAAUUGCGGGCAAUCCCCUGGUUUACGGAAGAGGGUGGUCACUCAGAGGGGAAUAGUCUGGACACGCAGUCUCCUCAAGCACGUGAGGUCAGCGAGGGUCCUUCAGCAAUUGAUCCUCACCUUACCACCGAGCACGAUGGCGCGCAAUCAAAUGGUGUUACGAAGCGGAAAAAUCCCGAAUCCGAGUCACUUUACACACCAAUGAGGGCUUCAAAGCUGCGGCGAAUUGAUAGCGUGCAAGAGAACUCGCAACAGGGGCCAAGUCAUGAGGACGAUGUCUUGGACGAUGGCACGCAAGCAACGCACGCGAAGGAAUCAGAAAUACCUUUUCGCGGCAAGGCCAAGAGGAAGAGAGUCCCGUCACCCGAGGCAGGGCAGAAGCGAAUUUCCCAUUCGCGAAAACGAGGCGCAAAGGCUUCAGAAUUGGUGAAUAAGGGGGUAAACCAAGAUAUCAAGCCAAGAGAUGAUGAAGGCAGCAUACCAUUUGCAAAGUCUAUCGACCAAGUGGGGAAUGAAGACUCUGAAAUGUCGAUGGACGGCAUAGAAGGUGCGGAAAUAUCAGGGCCACCGGCACCCGUGAACAUUCCUCCACAUUCUGCCCUUGAUGAGCCUCGAGCCACGAGUCUUUCAACUCCCGCGCCAACAGGCUCGGAUGUUUCCCAUAAGGUGGGCCUUAGCGCCGGCGCUGGGAAUACACCGGUCAGUGGUAUCCGGACGAUGGAACCCUCGACUCCUGCUGCAUCCCGUAAUGCGAGUAUGGUGUCCAACAUGUCGCCGACUACAGAAGACUCGUCCGCUAGAGGCAACAGAUUGAAGCUUCUAGAGAGAGGAGGCUCCGUUUCGUUUUUACGCAGGAAGAUCGUACUGGACAUCGUAGAAAAAGCAGGAGGUGCUUUUCCCAUGGGAUCCGAGAUCUGGUACCCUUUCAUGACGGCUUGGUUGAAAACAAAAUAUAAAGAAAGGCCUGAUAUGCGCACGCUUAGAUCAGCGGUCAAGCAGUUGGUAGAUGCUGGGAAAUUGCGGCAGCAGACGUUUUGUGGCAGAGACAGCAAAGGGGUCAUGGUUACCAAGAACAUCAUCUGCAAGCCAGAACUACCGCCGGAUGAUCCCAUUAUCAAGGACUUGCAGGCGAAUAUUCUGGCAUCAGACGCCAGAUACUACUUCCCACCUGGUGUUGAAAUUGAUCCGAGCCUUACGAGGCAGACAAUGACUCCUAAAGGGUUUAAACAACCCACAAAUGUACCUGUCGAGCCUACCAUCACUGUGCAGCUGCAUCAAAAGCCGGCUUCAGUCGCAGCGCUGGAAAAAAGAAGGGGUCAGAAUCUCCAGCGAAGGCUCCUACGAAAACUGGAAAUGGAGGGUGCACGCGAAAACAUGCAAGAAACACGUCCCUCCGGCGUCAUCCGACUCCUCUCAAUCCAGCGUCCAGAACCCACCUUGCCACCUAUGCAUAAUCUCAUAUCCAGCUUCGGCGAUGCGGAAGCCUGGGCUAGAGAGGAAGAAUUUACGGGACGAAAAUACCGUUCAACUAACGCUAGUGCGCGCCACUUGAAGCGUUUCCUCUCUAUGAUGGCCUCUCAUACAAUGUUAAUGAAUCCGAGGCAGUCAUUCAACCCUAAUAAUGGUACCUUUUCUACCGAUGCGGGUAUAGCAGUCAUCGCCGCCGCCAAGGCUCAACCUCGCAUAGUGCAGAGGCGAGAGCCGCAUCUGCCCGAGUCACUGGAUGACCUGUUUACGCAAACGAGGAAACGCGAUAUGCCCUUGACUGACGACGUGGAUCCGCGCUCGAGAAACUUUUUCCGAGACACCAAUAGGAUUCUUAGGUGGGAGCUUCAAAACGAAGAGCUCCUCCAGCGGAGAAGUGGCACACUACACUACAUCAAUCAAGGAAUUCAAGAUUCGUUUGAAAGUGCCCCAAUUGAAGGUGGCAUUCGUUUCGAUGAUGGUGACACAGAAAUUGUUCCUCAAUCCUCUGUUCAGACUCGCGAACAAGCACACUCCUCACUGUUCAUUCACCAUGAACAUCCACCCUUCAAAGCACAACCUACCUAUGAACCCGCCAUCGACUUUGGCAACAGUACGGUAUACUCGAGGGCUCACCUGCCGUCCUCCAGCAACGUUACUCCAUCGUCUUUUAGGCAUUCUUUACCACAACAUCGUCGCAUAGAGAAACUAAACGAAGUCCCGAGUGUUGCAACUGACCCUAUCAUGUCCUCGCAGAACCGACAGCAUGGCCGUCGCAAUCGCCUCAAUGCGCAGUUGCCACGUUCGGCACACCAGAGGAUUACGAUGACAAUCGUAGUUGUGCGUGCACUGGCAGGAGGCGCCGACGGCAGGAUGGUCGACUGGCCAUUGGUGUCGCACUGUUUCCCAGAUCAAGAUCCGAAAACUGUACAGGAUAAAGGCAAGGGUAUCCUUAGUAGGAACCGCCUGCAGAUAGCCAAGAUGCAAAGUGACUUUCAAGAGCGAUACAUUGAGGCGUAUGCCAACGAUGAAGUCCCUCCGAUCGACUAUGAUGACUUGUACGCAUAUGACUGGAAUGCGGUCAUUGACUGGGCUAGCACACAGCUGGAUAUCCCCAAGUCAGAGAGAGUUCCUGACCUUCCCGCGACGCGGCAGCAAUUUGAUGAGAUAUUUGAGCUCCGCGAGGAGCCGCUGGGAUCAUUGGAUGAAUACUAUCAGCAUUCCGGAGUCACCGCUCUUCGCAAGAAAGCGUUAAUAUCAAGUGUGGCCUUCGCCACUCCGUUGUCAUCCCAGCAUUCACGUCGACCCAACACUCAGCUUUCCCGCUUUGAUACGGUCAAGACCUGGAUCCGAGCAAAUACCAUCACACCUGCAGAGGUAUACCGUCCCUCAGACGCCAAAAAGGCACUGUCAUUCAUUGACGGCGGUACUUUGAACGCUGCUCUGCAAUCCUUGGUCGUGGACCGCGUCAUCUACCAGAACGCCAAAGGCCGAUCUGUACCUGGCCGCAAUUACGACAUGACAGACCACUUCCUGCAAACGCUUAGCAAGCGUCGACCGAUUGAACUGGCCGAACUCCGUCGCGCCGUCAAGUUCAAGACCGAAACGCUUGACCCGACGCUCACAAGCCAAGGGGUCUGCAGUGUCGCCUACGGCGCCGAAGACGGCGAUAUCCUCGCCCUCAUUAAUCUUCUCUUCCAGGGCCGGAUCACUCUCCGGCCACGAGACCCGCCCCGCGACAAAUUCGGCCUCACCGAGGGCGGUUACCUAACCCGGAUGAUGAACAAGGAUAAACUCCGCUUCCCUGUAGACGUCUACCCGGUCAAAGAUCGGUAUAUUCGCGGAAACCCUAUCUCCGAGAAAACCUCUACCCUCCCACCACCAUGUCCGCCACUCGUGGCAAUAAGCGAAACGCUCUCCAUCCCUGAGACAAUCCCACUGUGGUUCGAUAUCCAUGGUGGAUUUAUUCGGGUCCUCUGGGACCAGGCUGUUAGCGCUGUUCUCGGGUGUGUUGCUGCAAGGCCGGGAAUCACGGCAUCGAAUGUUGCCAGCAUGGUUAAGCCCACUUUGGGUGCUUGGGAAAUUGAAUUGCUGCUGGAGUGGCUUGUCGAGCUUGGGGUCAUGUGGAAGACAGGCGAUGAUGGGACCGAUGCGCACGAGUCUUGCUGGGCUGUUAAGGAGUGGUGGUGGAUGGUUAUGUGUUAGUCUUUGCUUUGCCAUGUACUCAUAUAUUUGUAAAUACAUGUGUACUCUACAAUAGGUUCAUUUCAAAUCAGUUCCAGAAGGAUAUUGCACCUUCGUUUCCUACAU